AUGAUUUCGAACAUCGGGGAGGGCCAGAAAAGGGGCCCACAUUUCAAGAUUCUCAUGGAAUUCUGGGAAAAGCAAAUGUCCAUGGAGAAGGGGGGCUCGACCGCGGCAGAGCAUGUCAAAGUGAUGAACGUCAAGCGAGCGAAAAAGAUCGAGGGCAAGCCAGAGGUAGUAAAAGUGCAGCUCAUGGUAGAGCUCUCUGGCGGCGCCGACGUUCUAAACCUUCGAGAAGCACCUGGUGGAGGAAGGUGGCAAGCAAUGAUGGGAGGGGCGCCGAGGGGGCCCCAGGAGCGCAAGGUGCAGACGUUCUGCGAUCGUCGGAAGAAGCGGCCUUGA